AGGGGUGGGAGGAGUUGUGACUCUCAUCAUCCGCAUGCAGUCAGUGCGGUCACAGGAGGAGACGAGCAGCUGCCCGGGGUCCUCCAGCUUGUCACACACGAAAUGGCCCAGUCUGAGCAAGGGGGAGAGUUUCGUCCCGUGGCACUUGGAGCACAAGAUUAUCCUGAGUCUGAAACCAACCAGGACACCAAGAGUAAUCAAGCGCAAGAAACAAACAAGUCACAGGCUUCGGAAACUCAUUCCAACCAAAAAUUUAUCUUGAGAAAGUUCUUUGUUGCUAGGCCGGGAGCCUUUGAUCAGGCCGUUGAAGAUCUGACAAACCAGCUGUUAUCAAAGGAGAAGGAGAUUGUGAAUAGUGCCUGGCUGCUAACAGAAAUUGAUCACUGGAACAAUGAGAAGGAACGUGUUGUCCUAAUAACGGCCAAUAACCUUUUUAUCUGCAAGUACGACUUCAUCAUGCUGUGCUGCCAACAAAUCCAGAAGGUUCCUCUCAACUUCAUAGACCGGAUAUGCCGUGGACCAUUCAUAUUUCCAGAAAAGUCUUUAGACAAGAGAGAUGGAGAAGGUCUGCGUAUCCACUGGGAUAAAUUGCGUGAGGCCUCCUUUUUGUCUCGCUGGAACCCUUUGUCUGGUGAUCUGCCAUACACUACCUUCAUCGAUCACCCUCUAAGUCCGACUUCUGAAAAAUUCUCUGCAUUCAGCCAGAUUUCACUCUUUAAUGAUCAAUUGGUAAAAGCUGUCCAAGAAUCACACAAGACUAACCCUGUGCCAGGGCGAGCAAAUGGAGCCUUGAUCUUAAAUCAACCACUUCUGAUUGAGACAUACGUUGGAUUCAUGUCCUUCAUCGGAAACCGCAACAAACUUGGCUAUUCGCUUGCAAGAGGCAGUGUUGGAUUUUAAGUAAAGCCAAUAUUGUUAAAGCGUCAAGUGUUUCAAAUAUUCUUCCUUGCUGUACACAUUAUCUUGUUACUUGUUAAUGUAUAGAAGAGAUCAGUCUCGGACGCUGAUGCUUCAUUUAAAG